AUGAUCCGACGCCGCUCGGCGAGCAAAUCCAGCGCGACGCCAUCGCCGUCCAAGCGCUCCAUCUCCUUCUCGGUGGCCUUCCCGCUGCCGGUGCCCGGGACGCCGCCGGCCGCCAAGCGGAGGCCACUGCAGACGCAGCACCUCGGCGUCGCCGCGGUGGACGCCGGCUACUGCUGCCACGAGCCCACGCAGCUGCAUCUGAACGUGGAGUGGCGCCUGGACCGACACGUUGUCGCGGGCGCGCUGGAGAACGCCACGGGCCAGCUGCUGUUCGAGGUGCGGGAGAAGCCGCUGUCGCUGCACCGCCAGCGCACGCUGCUGGACGUGACGGAGGUGCCCGUGGCCACGAUCCGCAUGAGCGCCUUCCGCCGCCGCAAGAUCUCCUUCUCGGCGUACCCGCGCGCUGAGACGUCGUCCAGGAAGCCGCUGUACAAGUUCACGAUGGCGCGCAGCCAGCUGGAAAUGACCUUCACGGACAUCAUGACGGGCGAGACUGUGGCUCCGCCCACAGCCAUGGACUUGCACGAGGUCGCCGCCCAAGUGCAGACGCUCGCGGCGCUGCGCCACUUCGUGUCGGCCUUCGACGCCAGCCACGUGGCCUCCAAGCCGCAGCAGCUCCGCAUCACGCCGAACUCCGUGGUGGACGCGGCCACGAGCGAGCGGCUCUUCCACAUCCAGCACAAGUCGCUGUCGCUGCACCGCCAGCGCACGCUGCUGGACGCGCGCAACGAGCUGCCGGUGGCCACGCUGCGCCUGAGCAUGUUCAACCGCACGCCGACGUACUCGGCCUACCCGCGCACGGAGCACGAGGAGACGCCGUGCGCCUUCAAGUUCACGGCCGACGACACCACGGUGCGCUCCGAGUUCACGGACCUCGUGGGCGGCCAGCACUGCACCAUCGGCUGCGACCCGUCCAAGGACGGCAGCGACUCGCUCAGCUUCUGGCUCGUGCGCGGCACGGGCGACGCCGCCGACGUGCAGCAGACCAUCGCCCGGCUCACCUACACGCACAAGAAGAGCCCCAAGAGCAAGGGGGGCGAGCAGAGCGUCUUGCUGGACGUGGCCCCCGGCGUCGACCGCAUGAUGAUGAUCCUCAUCUGCAUCGGGCUGCUGGACGAGGGCUUCGAGGACGAGCACCCGCACCCGCAGCAGUAA